AUGGGGGUGAAACGAAAGAGGACGAGCAAUAGGAACAAGCACGGGACGGCAGUAGAACACGGGGGACCAACGCAGCAGGGAAACAAGGCGUUCGGGCACCAGUGUUCAGACAGAGCGGGAUGUUGCAGUGGCACUGGGCCAGUGAGUGCAGAGCCGUUCGUCUCGAUGACUAUGGAGUCUCCCGGGGCUCUAAGAGGUGGGAGGAUGGGUGGCAGGACGGGGAGAAAUGACGAGAAGAACAAGAACGAGAAGGCAAAGCAUCCCCCAGGGCACGUGUCAGCUGGGAGGGCAGGAUUAGAUGUAGAGAGAAUGAGACCAGGAAAGAAGGGGGGAAGGGAAAAAAAAGAAAGGGCCGAAGAGAAUAAUAGUAAUAGCAAUAAUAACAAAAAGAAAAAGAGAGGAGGUGUGGUGGUUAAUGAGAAAGGAAAUAAACAGCCAGAGAGGAAUCGGUCUGAGAAACUCGAGUGGGAGAUUGAAGGUGGGAGGAGGAAGUUGAAGAUCCCGCUUGAAGGAGCGCGAGAAAACGAGCGGGCAAGAAGGAGGGCAGGCGAUGCUGGCUGGGCGCGAGUUUGGCUUAGUGUGGCCGAGAAGAGCCAGACUAACAGACUAACAGGUACUAGACUUCCCAAGGCCCUUCUUGGGGAUCUGCCCGUUGGUGCUCGUCGUCGGUCGGGCGAGGUACAUCCUCUUCCCGUCGCUUGGUAUUUUAAAGAGAAGUAA